GGGAGAGGGAGGAGGGCUUUUUCUCAACGUCUCCCAUAAAGAGAGCUGCGGAUCGGAGAGAGAGAGAGAUUUGCUGAGUGAGGAGAGGGAGGGUGGAGGCUGUUUGUACCCCCCCCCCCACACACACAGACACAGACAGACACACAGACAGACACAGACACACAGACACAGACACAGACAGACAGACACAGGGUGGAGGAAGGAGCAGGAAGAGUCAGCAGGAUUUGGAGAGAAUUAGCCCCCACCCACCCACCCACACAGACACAGACACAGACAGACACACAGACAGACACACAGACAGACACAGACACAGACAGACAGACACAGGGUGGAGGAAGGAGCAGGAAGAGUCAGCAGGAUUUGGAGAGAAUUAGCCCCCACCCACCCACCCACACAGACACAGACACAGACACAGACACAGACACAGACAGAGACACAGAGCCAGACACAGAGGCAGACAGAGGGAGGCUGCGGACAGACGCUGCGGACAGGCCGGUCAUGGAGAAGCGGAGCGAGUGUCCGGAGGCAGCGCUGGAGGGUUCGGCUCUCUCUCUGGAGAGAUCGAUGCAGCUCCCAACGCUGCUCUCUGAUUGCAGUAUGUCUGCACAACAGUCGAGCUGUGUGAGCGUUUCUAAGUCGAUGGGGUCUUUUCCGCCUUCCCCUCUCAGCUCUCUGCCCCAAGCCAACACUGUGGCCCCUUCUAACCUUCUCUUGGAUCAAGGCCGAGCUCCUGCCUUGACCCAUCCUCCGAAUCAGACUGCCCCGUCGGACACGGAGAAGGAACCUCUGGGAACUGCUGUCAUUCAGGGCAUGGGUAGCCUUGGCAGUGAUCCUGGGAACCCAGCUGCAUUGAGCAGGCCUCAACCUGCGAGUGUCUUUGAUAACUACAGUUGGACGAGUCAGCCUGAGCUGAUGUUUGGGAAGCAGGAAAGCCGACCAGUGUCAACACAGGAGACGGCGGAAUUAAGGGGACAUCAAAUGGAGAUCGUUCAGCUUGGGGCUGCGGACGAGCAAUUCCUUGGGGAGCCAGCGAAAAGUGAUCCUUCUUCCAUAGACUCCUCACAGGAAGAGGAUUCAUUGGAAAGACUCAGUCCUGACUCUCCGUUUGAGGUCCUCACUGAAAUGCAAGAGAAGGGAUCUUGUGAAGAAGGUAUUUUGAAGCCAUUGUUGGCUUUGAGUGAGCACCGGGUGGACCUGGAAGGGCAGGAGGAGCCUCCCUUCUUCACUGGAGGAGUCGAAAGAGACUCAUUGGCUGAAGCCACAUCUGGGAGGAUCACUGGAACAGCUGCUGCUGUCGGACAGAAGCCUGACAAUUUGAAGACGAGUGAACUAACCCACACUCGAUCAGACAUUCUGGAGAAGGCUCAUGAUGGACAAAGCAUAACCAAAGGAGAAGAUGCCUUCAGGCAAAGUGUCCUUGCACAAGGUGUGAACUCGUCAUCUGUGGAAGAGGCUUUCAAAAGCUUUCAACCCCCUGCAUGUGGGUCAGUGAACAACCGGCCUGAUUCUACUCCAUGGGAUCAGUUCCCUGAGCCACGAGAAAGAGAGAAAGCAAUCUGCAGUCUUGAAAUGAACUUGGACCAGCAUCCUUCAGACGGGAUGGUGGAGCCAGUGAGCAUGUCUGGAACUGGGGAACUGGCCACUGGAAAUGUUUGCGCUGAUUUGCUUACAAAGACCCCUCCAGACAACAUUACAGAGAUGUUAGUGCCAGUGAGUGUUUCCGCCAGUGCAGAUAUCAGAGCUCCAGCAGGUGUUGCAAAGGAGCGUCUAACUGACGCUGUAAACUUCUCACUGGAGAUGUCACCCAAAAGCCUGGUGGCUGAACCAGCACCCUGCAAAGAGGAGGCUGUUCCGGAAACUUCCCAACUCCCUGAAGGAUCUGCCUCCAGCCAGGGGAGGGGGCAAACUCGAACAGGAGCUGCCCUUGAUGGUGUCCCACCUGAAGCGUUGGAGAAGACGGAGGAGGAUAGCUCUGGGGAAUCUGAUGAUACUGUUAUUGAAGACCUGAAGCUAGAGCCUGCACGUCAUCCUUCAGGGCUGACAGUCACCAGUCAGGAGAAGGGAACCCCUGCUCCGAGCAGCCUUGAGAAACUUGUUCUGGUCCCAACAGUAAAUGUGGCUGAGACCAUGGGGCAGGCAUCCAGCCAGGGGGGUGCUGGGUCUGUGAGCCCUCCAUCCGGACCUGCUGAGGGACAGAGGGAACUAUCUGGAGAUACCAAAGGCUCAGCAGCGGCGUUCCAACAAGAGGCAGCAGGAGCUUCACCCGAGCCCAGCCUCGCCAGGGGAGACAGGGUUGGACGAACAAAGGUGACUUUUGGAGAAUUUGCCUCUUCAGAUUCAGAACCAUCACCUUCCCCCCCUCCUCCUGCCUCUCACCAGCUCCUAUUUGAUGAGCAAAAGUCUACGGAGAAGGAAUCAGGCAAACCUGAGCCAGAAUAUAGCCCCGAAAUCUCACCAGUCUUGUGCCCUGUGGGCCAUCCACUCCAAGAGAAACCUGACCUGUCUCCAACUGGUUCCCCCGCCUCUCGCUGCUUAGAGGACACUCAAGGUUUGGUUGCUGGUACCCACACUGGCGAGCUUUUGAUGGCUGAGGUUACUUCUCCUUUACAGGAGAUGAUCCGCCGCUCAGCAGUCCAGAGGGAGCAUAUUCACGGGGAAAUACAGCCUGUCCCAGUGCCACUGGCUCCAGUACUGGUUCAAGCCCAGUCAGUCAUAGUCCGAACCACACCCGUGGUCAUUCAAACUCCUCUUAUUGUCAAGUCAGUGCUUGGGGUCACUGACCCUCAGAAGGCCCCUGCUGGCAUGACUGACACUCAGAAGACCCCUGUUGGUGUGAUUGACACUCAGAAGACCCCUGCUGGCAUGACUGACACAGAGAAGACCCCUGUUGGCGUGACUGACACUCAGAAGACCCCUGUUGGCAUGACUGACGCUCAGAAGACCCCUGUUGGUGUGACUGAUGCUCAGAAGACCCCUGUUGGUGUGACUGAUGCUCAGAAGGCCCCUGUUGAUGUGACUGACACUCAGAAGGCCCCUGUUGGUGUGACUGACACUCAGAAGGCCCCUGUUGGCGUGACUGACGCUCAGAAGACCCCUGUUGGCAUGACUGACGCUCAGAAGGCCUCUGUUGGCGUGACUGACACUCAGAAGACCCCUGUUGGCAUGACUGACACUCAGAAGACCCCUGUUGGCGUGACUGACACUCAGAAGACCCCUGUUGGUGUGACUGACGCUCAGAAGACCCCUGUUGGCAUGACUGACACUCAGAAGACCCAUGUUGGCGUGACUGACACUCAGAAGACCCCUGUUGGCAUGACUGACACUCAGAAGACCCCUGUUGGCGUGACUGACACUCAGAAGACCCCUGUUGGCAUGACUGACACUCAGAAGACCCCUGUUGGCGUGACUGAUGCUCAGAAGACUCCUGUUGGCAUGACUGACACUCAGAAGACCCCUGAUGGCAUGACUGACACUCAGAAGACCCCUGUUGGCGUGACUGACACUCAGAAGACCCCUGUUGGCAUGACUGACACUCAGAAGACCCCUGUUGGCGUGACUGACGCUCAGAAGGCCUCUGUUAGCGUGACUGACACUCAGAAGACCCCUGUUGGCAUGACUGACACUCAGAAGAACCCUGUUGGCAUGACUGACGCUCAGAAGGCCUCUGUUGGCAUGACUGACGCUCAGAAGGCCUCUGUUGGUAUGACUGACACUCAGAAGACCCCUGUUGGCAUGACUGACACUCAGAAGGCCCCUGUUGGCAUGACUGACACUCACAAGGCCCCUGUUGGCGUGACUGACACUCACAAGGCCCCUGUUGGCGUGACUGACACUCAGAAGACCCCUGUUGGCAUGACUGACACUCAGAAGGCCCCCACUGGGGUCACUGAUACUCAGAAGACCCCGGUUGGGGGGGCUGGAGUACCAGACUCUCUGAAGUCCAUGGAUGUUGAACUUUUUCCCUCCACAGUUGACCCGUUGGUUGAGUGUGCAGUUAGGCCGAUGACCCAGGCUCCAUGGCGGUCUGCUUUGGACCUCCCUGAGACCAGUGCGCAGAAGGUCAAAGCACCGGGGGAGGCUUCAGAUUCCAGGACACGACCCUCACUGGGACCGGAACCAGCAGUGAAGCAAGGAGUAGCCAAGGCUAGCCCUUCACCCAAAGGAGUGAGCGCUAGCCCAGCUCCAGAGAAGGAGCCAGGAUCAGCGGAUGGAGAGAGGCUCAUGCAGCCAGUGUGCGGAGCCAAGCUGCAGAUGCCCAGAGCUGAGAAGGAGGCAAGCAAGACAUCCCCCCAAACUGACCGUCCCAAACAGGCUGCCACUGAGAAGCAGGAAGCUGCCAAGCAUACCGACCCUCCUCUGGCACCAUCUGUAGAUACUGCACAGCCCAGGGUCUCUGAUGGGAGACCUGAGCAGGGACCCCAAGCUCCCCACCAAAUUGAGGAGCUGCAUAUGCCAGUGGAUGAGGAGGCUGCCAAUAGGCUCAGCAAGAUGGCAGUGAAGGAUCUGAUCUACUGGCGUGACCUUAAGAAGACGGGGGUUGCGUUUGGGUCAAUUCUGACACUGCUGGUCUCCCUGGCGGUGUUUAGUGUGGUCAGCGUGUUGGCCUAUCUCGUGCUGGCUUUGCUGUCUGUCACCAUCAGCUUCCGCAUUUAUAAAUCUGUUGUCCAAGCUGUGCAGAAAACCAACGAUGGAAAUCCUUUUAAGGCUUACCUCGAGCUGGAUGUCACCCUGUCUGCAGAGACUUUCCACAAAUACUGCGACACUGCCUUUACCCACCUGAACCGAGUUCUGAAAUACCUUCUCCAGCUCUUCCUAGUGCAGGAUCUGGUGGAUUCCCUGAAGCUUGCAGUUGUGAUGUGGCUGAUGACUUACGUUGGAGCAGUUUUCAAUGGGCUGACGCUGCUGAUUCUAGCUGUUCUAUUAACCUUCAGUGUUCCAAUCAUCUAUGAAACUUACCAGACACAGAUUGAUCGUUACUUUGACCUGGUUCAGAAGCAGGUGUCCAGUGUUGUUGGGAAGUGA